UUAUUAAAAUGGCAAAAAUAAAGUCACUUCCACUGCAAUAUGCUUUAGUUCUCAUUCUUGGACCAUCUGCAUGGUAUAUUGGGAAGCAGCUUGAUAAAAAAAUUACCUUGAGGAUGACAAGAUUUCGGGAUAAAUCAGCUUUAUAUGGGAGAGAAUUACAACCUGGAGAACCUCCAUCUUGGCCAUAAUUUAUGUUUCAUGUAUUAGUUGUAUAACAAAGUA